UUCCUGGAAAGGUCACUGACUGGCAAUUCUGCUAUCUAGAGCAACCUACUUAAAGGUCUUGAUUUUUCUUUAUAUUCCGAGGUUUGGACUUGAGUUGUUUUUUUUUGUUUGUUUGUUUGUUUGCUUUGUUUUGAACUUUGUAAUGAAAUUGGCCUUGGCAAUAUAGUCACAUCACUCCAGUAUUAGGUCUGGUUAUAAAAGGCUUUAUUGUCCCUUGAAUGGCAACUGGGAAGAUUUUUUUAAAGAACUUAUUUGCAUAUCCAGAUAUUGUUAGAACUGCAAAAGUAUUUGUUUGCAGUGGUGCCUCUCCCCAGCAGCUCCUUCUCGCUCUGCUGUCCUUCUUGGUAGGAUCUUUGCUGCUUCCCCCCCCCUUUUCCAUUUAAGGGGGUCGGUGGGGGCGGGGGUGGGGGUCAGUGGGGAGAGCACCACCUUAGGCGGAGUUGCAGGGGUUAAGCUGUAGCUGCAGUGGGAGCGUAGCCCCGCCCCUUCUUUCAGCACCUGGUGCUCUAUAGACAGUUGCCUCAGCAGUAGAUUUCAGAGGGGAUUGGAGGAAAAACAAGAGAGGGGGAGAGAAUGUGACAACUGCCGCUUUGGGUUGCUGCCUUGGGGGGGGGGGAGGCCUCCCGCACCUGUCCCUGCCUGUCUCUCAGCCAGCCCAGUCGCGGAAUCAGACCCAGCCCGGAGCAGGCAUCCCUCAUCUGCCAGACCGGGGAGCGAGCGGUUGCCCCGUAAAGAACAUGACUUCUUCCUUCAAGCUGGAUUUCCUCCCGGAGAUGAUGGUUGAUAGCCGCUUGCUAGUUUCGGAGAGAAUUAACGGUACAGCUAACAAGAUGAACGGCGCUUUGGAUCACUCAGACCAACCAGACCCAGAUGCCAUUAAGAUGUUUGUCGGACAGAUCCCCCGGUCGUGGUCUGAGAAGGAGCUAAAAGAACUUUUUGAGCCUUACGGAGCUGUCUAUCAAAUUAAUGUCCUCCGAGACCGGAGUCAGAACCCUCCCCAAAGUAAAGGUUGUUGUUUCGUAACAUUUUAUACAAGAAAAGCUGCACUUGAGGCUCAGAAUGCACUGCACAAUAUUAAAACCUUACCUGGGAUGCAUCAUCCCAUUCAGAUGAAACCUGCAGAUAGUGAAAAGUCAAAUGCUGUGGAAGACAGAAAAUUGUUCAUAGGAAUGGUUUCGAAGAAGUGUAAUGAGAAUGAUAUCAGGGUGAUGUUUUCUCCAUUUGGCCAGAUAGAAGAGUGCCGAAUCCUCCGGGGACCUGAUGGGCUGAGUCGAGGCUGUGCGUUUGUCACAUUUUCUACAAGGGCAAUGGCACAGAAUGCAAUCAAAACCAUGCAUCAGUCUCAGACCAUGGAGGGCUGUUCUUCACCCAUUGUGGUGAAGUUUGCUGACACCCAAAAGGACAAAGAACAAAGGCGUCUUCAACAGCAGUUGGCACAGCAGAUGCAACAGCUCAAUACUGCCACUUGGGGGAAUCUGACAGGCCUGGGUGGACUUACCCCACAGUACCUGGCGCUUCUGCAACAGGCAACCUCCUCCAGUAACCUGGGUGCGUUCAGUGGCAUUCAGCAAAUGGCUGGCAUGAACGCUUUACAGUUACAGAAUCUGGCAACCUUGGCUGCUGCUGCAGCAGCUGCCCAAACCUCCGCUACCACCACCAAUGCAAACCCUCUCUCCACAACAAGCAGUGCCCUGGGAGCCCUCACAAGUCCUGGCACUAAAACAAGACCAGGCGUCAAGGUACCCAACCUGUUGACAGUGGCUGCUUCUACUCCCAAUUCCACUGCAGGUGCAGCCAUGAAUUCCUUGACCUCUCUGGGGACUCUGCAAGGACUGGCUGGAGCCACCGUUGGACUGAAUAAUAUUAAUGCACUAGCAGGUAUGGCGGCUCUGAAUGGAGGACUUGGCGCCACGGGCUUGACGAAUGGUACGGCUGGCACGAUGGAUGCCCUCACCCAGGCCUACUCAGGAAUUCAGCAGUAUGCUGCCGCUGCACUGCCCACGCUCUACAGCCAGAGCUUGUUACAACAGCAGAGCGCUGCCGGCAGCCAGAAAGAAGGUCCAGAAGGGGCAAACCUUUUUAUUUAUCACCUUCCACAGGAGUUUGGAGACCAGGACAUUCUACAAAUGUUCAUGCCUUUUGGAAAUGUUAUCUCUGCUAAAGUCUUCAUUGACAAACAGACCAAUCUGAGCAAGUGCUUUGGUUUUGUUAGCUAUGACAAUCCUGUCUCUGCACAAGCUGCUAUCCAAGCUAUGAAUGGCUUUCAGAUUGGCAUGAAACGCUUGAAGGUCCAGCUGAAGCGUUCCAAAAAUGACAGCAAACCUUACUGAUCUUAACCCCAGAAGCUCACUGCUCUUAUUUUAGCUUUCUUAGGGUAAGUCCCAUGAGCCAGCCUGUUCUCCACAGGGAAGGCAAAGGAGGACCACAUUGCCAACUUUCACCAAGAGAGACAGUUAUUUUUACAUUAACGCCUCCAUUCCCCCUCCCACCCACCCAACUCGCCAUUAUUAAAACUUGGGCUACUUCUUUCCUACUGAGUAAAUUCCUCCAGUUGUGCUACUGUAUUCUCUUUUGUUUUGCGACUUUAAUUGUUUUUUUUUAAUUGUUUAUUUUUUAAAAGAAAAAACACACAAAAAAUAAAUGACAUCUUGAAAAGUUAGAUGAACAAACUCUAAUGUGCAAUUGAACUCUGAAACCACUGGUGCCCUUGAAAGCACUGGCUAGGGUGUUCAUGGCUGUCUGCCUGGACCUUAGAAAGAGCACCAGCAGUUUAGAGUUUAACAUGGUGGCCUAGAGUGAGAGCAAAGCCAAAAGAAGCACUUAUUCAAAAUUAAGCAAACAAAAAACAGUCUUUCCACUACAUGAGUUCAUUCUAGUUAAGGAUUUCAUUUUAGGGUUCAAAGAACAUAAGGUUUAUCGGUCAAAAUAUUACACUGGUUGUCUUUAUUUUACCAUUGUUUUUAUUUUAGUUUUUAGAAAGGAUUAAUGUAAAAAAGAUUUAGAGAUCUGUUUCUUAAAGCUACAGGGUUUAAAAAAAUAAAAUAAAAAUGAGUGAAAAUACUUGAUGUUUCUUGACAGAUAAAUUUAAUAAUAAUAAAUACAUAAAUAAAUACAUAAAUAAAUAAAAAAGAAAGCCACAGGCCUGUAAAUUUUAUUUGUAAAAAAAGCAUUUCUAUUUUUAUACAAAAUUUUUACUGCCUCAGAAAUAAUGGAAGUUAUUUAUUGCCUAUUGUUAACUUAUUGGAUACCUAAAGAGCAGUUCUCUGUGCUAGCUAGAUCCUUUUGAAGUAGUCUCUAGAGUACUCGUGCCAGGAAUGGGCUUUUUUUCACCGUUGAACCCUAGACCUAAAAGUUCAUGCUUUAUCCUCUUGUUGUUUGUAUGUCUGGUUAUUUUAUUUGUAGUUUCCAUUAUCUAGUUUAAAGUUCAGCUGUCUGACUUUCCCCUUAUGUUACAUUCGUUGACACUGGUUCCUUUCCCCCUUCCCCUACACCCCCAAACAUCUGAAUCCAUCCCCCUUCUCACUCUCUCUGGAUGGAUUCUCUUGGGGUUUCAUUGUGCUGUGGAUAAAGAUUGUAAGAAAUGCAAAUUAUGUGAAUGGCUCCUAGACUCCCUAAUGAGUUAAGAUUUGCAUUAGUUUUCUCCUGCACCCAUAAAAGUGAUUUUGUUUCUGCUGCAUAGAUUUCUGUGUAACUUUUUACUCUUCCUUGUUUUUUCCCUAGACAUCUUCAUGCCCGUUAGUUCAUCGUUUGCCUAGCAUGUCCCUGUGGCGUCUCAAAAAAAAAAAGUUUCAUCGUCCCGUCAUUGUUUCUGAUGUCUUUCUGACCUCACAUCAUAUUUGGUUCUCCUACUGACCUUUGAAAUUUGCAUGUGACCUCAUCUAGCUAUGAAUUCUGGGAAGUCAAUGUGAAAAAACAUUGCUGCAUUCAUGCAAGACUGAAAUUUAUUAUUAGACAAAUUAAUUCUAGAAGAAAAAAAACCUGUGGCAAAAUGUUUCUUUCUUUUUUAAUUUUCUUUUCUUUUCUUAAAAAAAAAAACACAGACUUGAAAGUAUUAUACAGGGAUUGGCAUUCUUCCCGGUCACUGGUAACAAUAGCAAUAUGUGUCCAGGGACACAGAAUGUUGGUUUCUAACAGACUACUUCCAAAAACAGUUUGAGAAAAAAAAAACUGUCUGAUUUUAAGUCUCUAGAGGUCUGUAAUCGUUUUUACAUUUUUCAGGCAGUGUAAAGUUUUUUGAUAAGGCCAUUUUAGGUGGCUCUCUUUCUCAUUAAGAUAUAUAUAUAUAGAACCACUUUUUUGUAGAUUAGUAUAAGAAAAUAUUUACCCUGUUUUGGGGCAAAUGCUACCUAUUUGUGUCACCUUUUGCUGAACUGACUCACAGUUAGACAAUCCAUGGUUUAAUGCACAUGAAAUUACCUAUAUUUUAUACUGUUCCAAUGUACAGGAGAAAGGUUACUGUAAACUGUGUUACGUUGGUGCUUCUGUGAAUUAAGUUGUGGUUUCAUCAUGAGUCUUAUGGUCUUAAGUGUUCUAUGUUGAUAAGAUAAGUUUAAAAAUUUGGUUUACUUGAACAAAACAAAAAAGAGUUUCAAAAAAAUUGUUUGCUUAAAAAAAAUUUCAUGUGAGGAAAAAAAAAAUAUUCCAGAAUAAGUUUUGUGUUGGCUUGUGAAGCAUUGAUGUCAUUUUUUUAUUGUGGACAAUUUAGGUGUAUUUGUGUUCAGCAAAAUGUGAUCUGUUUUUUUUUCUUUUAAAGAAAAAAAAAACAGUGAAAAUAUAUAGUGCCAAAUUCCAAAGGUACUUCCUUCCUAGAGCUUCAGUGUGUUUCUUGUGAGAAGUAAUUUGAUAACAUGGGUAUUUUAUUAUGUGUUUUGUAUAAAUCCCUAAUAUUUAAAAAAAAAAAGAGGUUAAAAAGUUUGUUAACUUGCUAUCCUGUGGUCUUGUUGCCUGAAAUUGUUAUUGUUUGUUAUUUCUCUUUGAUGUUUUUUGUAAGACAUUGUAUA